AUGAGCUUCGCCUGCUCUGCCUCCUCUCUCUCUUCCCCCUUUUGGGAAGCUAGUUCCCGACUCCAGGCGGAGGGCUCUAUUGUUGUUUAUUGUGUGGCGGGGCCGCACGCUGUGCCUCCUGCAUGGGGCUGGCUGGCUAGCGAAGGAGGAGAGAGAGAGAGAGAGAGGGAUUGAGGAAGGAGGGAGAGGCAAAGGCGAGGGGCAGGCAGAGGCACCCACCCGCAGUGGGGGGAAUAAGAGAGAGAGAGAGAGCCCCUUAGCUGGCACCGCCAGGGCCGCGCUUCCAAGCGGAGCCCCAAGUUUUGUUUUGCCCGCCGCUGAGAGACAGAGAGAGAGAGAGAGAGGGAGAAAGAGAGAGAGAGCCCAGGAAGCCACCACAGCACCGCUAAGGAGCUGGGUGCUGACCGAGGCCAGAGCUGAGACUGGCAGAGCUUUUGCUGGAGCAGUCUGCAGCCCUGCUUGUGAAUAUGCCAGAGAUGAAACAGGGUUAGUCCCUUGCAAGACUUCACCAGCCAUGAAGGAAAAUGUGUAAUACCUGCAACUGAACCUGCUAGCUUCUGAAACAUGGCGCAGUGACAAUCAGUGACAGAAAGCGAGGACAGUCAGGGUAAGAAGAUUGAUCUUUUUGGUUGGCUGUAGUUGAAGAUUGCUUAACAGAAGCCACAAAAAAGGUUUUUAAGUCAUGAUGCAAGAAUCUGGGACUGAGACAAAAAGUAACAGUUCAGCCAUUCAGAAUGGAGCAAGUUCUGGCAACCAUUUACUAGAGUGUAGCCUACGAGAAGUGAGGUCAAACGGAGAGACACCUUCCGUGGAACUUGGUGCUGCAGAUCUAGCCCAUCUUCAACAACAACAGGCUCUGCAGGUAGCAAGGCAGCUUCUGUUACAGCAGCAGCAACAACAACAACAGCAGCAACAGCAACAACAACAACAAAUCAGUGGGCUAAAGUCACCUAAGAGGAAUGACAAACAACCAGCCCUUCAGGUUCCAGUGUCAGUGGCUAUGAUGACACCUCAAGUGAUCACUCCCCAGCAAAUGCAGCAGAUCCUCCAGCAGCAAGUGCUCACUCCCCAGCAGCUCCAGGUCCUGCUCCAGCAGCAGCAGGCACUCAUGCUUCAACAGCAGCAGCUUCAAGAGUUUUAUAAGAAACAACAGGAACAGUUACAGCUCCAGCUUUUACAGCAACAACAUGCUGGAAAACAGCCUAAAGAGCCACAGCAGCAACAGGUGACUUCACAGCAGUUGGCCUUUCAGCAGCAGCUUUUACAGAUGCAACAACUGCAGCAACAGCACCUCCUGUCUUUGCAGCGCCAAGGUCUGCUAACAAUUCAGCCUGGCCAGCCUACUUUGCCAUUGCAGCCACUUGCUCAAGGCAUGAUUCCAACUGAACUACAGCAACUCUGGAAAGAAGUGACAGGUUCUCACACAGCAGAGGAAGCUGUAAGCAACAACCACAGUAGCUUGGACCUGUCGACGACGUGUCUCUCCUCCUCAGCUUCUUCUAAGACCUCCUUAAUAAUAAACCCACAUGCCUCAACAAAUGGACAGCUAUCAGUCCACACUCCUAAAAGGGAGAGUUUAUCUCACGAAGAGCACUCUCAUAGCCAUCCACUUUACGGGCACGGAGUAUGCAAAUGGCCAGGCUGUGAAGCGGUAUGCGAAGAUUUCCAGUCUUUUCUAAAACAUCUCAACAGUGAGCAUGCGUUGGAUGAUAGGAGUACAGCCCAAUGUAGAGUCCAAAUGCAGGUUGUACAACAGUUAGAGUUGCAGCUUUCAAAAGACAAAGAUCGCCUGCAAGCUAUGAUGACACACCUUCAUGUGAAGUCAACUGAACCAAAAGCCACCCCUCAGCCUCUAAACCUUGUAUCUAGUGUCACACUUUCAAAGACAGCGUCAGAGGCAUCUCCACAGAGCUUACCUCAUACUCCCACCACCCCAACAGCACCCAUCACUCCUGUUUCCCAAGGACCUUCUGUCAUCACUACUACCAGCAUGCACAACGUUGGGCCUAUCCGGAGGCGAUACUCUGACAAGUACAAUGUACCCAUUUCUUCAGCAGAUCUCGCGCAGAAUCAAGAAUUCUACAAGAAUGCGGAAGUUAGGCCACCCUUUACAUACGCAUCUUUAAUUAGGCAGGCCAUUCUGGAAUCUCCAGAAAAGCAGCUAACACUAAACGAAAUCUACAACUGGUUCACACGAAUGUUUGCUUACUUCAGGCGCAAUGCAGCAACAUGGAAGAAUGCAGUGCGACAUAAUCUUAGUCUUCACAAGUGUUUUGUGCGAGUAGAAAACGUUAAAGGGGCAGUAUGGACAGUGGAUGAAGUAGAGUUCCAAAAACGAAGGCCACAAAAGAUCAGUGGAAACCCUACACUUAUUAAAAACAUGCAGACCAGCCACACCUACUGCUCACCUCUCAGUGCUGCUUUACAGGCUUCAAUGGCUGAGAAUAGUAUACCUCUGUACACUACUGCUUCCAUGGGAAACCCUACUCUGGGCAGUUUAGCCAAUGCUAUGCGGGAAGAUCUUAAUGGUGCAAUGGAGCAUGCGAACAGUAAUGGGAGUGACAGCAGUCCAGGACGGUCCCCUAUGCAAGUAAUGCACCCUGUGCAUGUCAAAGAAGAACCGCUAGAUCCAGAUGAAAAUGAAGGCCCACUAUCAUUAGUGACAACAGCCAAUCACAGUCCAGAGUUUGAUCACGACAGAGAUUAUGAAGAUGAAAAUGUAAAUGAGGACAUUGAAUGAAUAUGUCUGUACUUGUGUCUCUGCAAAUGAAGCUCACGGGGAUGGAGUUUUAAAAAACGUACUUCAAAAUUAGCUGUGAAAUCUCUCCCCGUUAUUGUACAGUCUGGAGGAUACACUUGCUCCAUGUUGACAGCUAUGAAAUAUGUUAACUCUUAGUGCCAUCACAAGUAUCCCAUUUGGGAGUAUUUUUGAUUUUUCUACUUUUUGUUGAAAAAAACAAAAACAAAACAAGGAAUUUGUACUCUGUGCAUUGGAUGGACUUGUUUGGUACUUGGGAUUCCCUCUCACAGUCGACAUCAGUGUUGUAAAUUCGUUCAACCGAUUGAUUUAUACACACUUUGGCAGCAGACUUUGGACUGCAGUUCUUCCAAGUUUGGGACACUGAAGACAUCAAGCUGAGCAUGUACACAUAAGUUGCAUAUCAACCCUUUCCCCAGAUUUUAAGAAUUCCAAUGGACAACAUAUUUGCACAGUAUCGCAUGUUGUUAUCACUGCCUUUACUUUUUUUCCUUUGAUUCCUGUUGGGAUGGGGAAGUCCUGAUAUGUAUGUGUGUAUGCGUGCAUGCGUGGGAGUAGGGGUGCGUGUGUGCAUACGGAAGAGGGAUCAAAAGAACAUUCUCCCAAUUUUUGUAGUGUAUAGCUUUGAUUCCCCCCACCCGCCCCCUUCUCCUAUGCCAUUUUAAGUUCUGACCUCAGGCCUCAACUGGCCAAGGCCUUUUGAGGCUUAAUGUUUUCUGUACUUUUGUGAUGAAUGUUAAUAGGUGUGUUUAUUAUACAAAGAUGAAUGUCCUUCGAAUUGUUUGUAGUUCUUUUUCUGCCAUUCAUUCCAGUUUCCUUUAGAUGCCAUCAUAUUCCAUUUUGGGCUAUUAUGUCCCCUUCCCCCCUCUCCACAAGAAAAAGUUCUCAAAUGCUGCUGUUCACCUGUGCAAAGUUAUCUUCUAAAAGAAAAGAAAAAGAAAGACAGUACUGCAAGAGUGAGAAUGAAAAGCAAACCAGCAUAGAAGGAGUAUAGACUAUUGUUCACAAUUCAUUCCACAGAGCAGUAUAUAUUGUCAUCAUGGUUCAAAUGUUUGUUUCUCCGGUGUCUUGCUUGGUUGUUUUUUGUUUGUUUGUUUUGGUAGCAAACGUGCAUAUUUGGAAACGCAUAAUUUAAUAGCGCGCACACACACAUGAAGAUACAUGGUCCAACAGAGUUUAUUUUUUUCUUUGCUACUUAGCAAACACUUUUGGGUCUUGGAAUAGUUCCGAAAUAUUUACCCAUCUCUGUUUUUUUUUUUUCAAAUUUUACAAACAGACAUUAAGUUUGGUGAUUCAAAAAGUGUGAGGAUUAAUUGGUGGUAUGUGUCUAUUUGAAUAUAUCAUAGGUGCAGGAUCCCACCCAUUGGGCAAUCAAUAAGACUCAUGUUAAUAUUUUUAACUGGGCAGACUCUCUUAAUGCUGUUAUGGUCAUUACAUUGUAUCGCAUUGACCCAUAUCAAAAAUUAACAACCUGAGAUCUGUGGGUGAAUGCACUGUAGCAAAUUGCAGUGUUCUUCACAACAAACGUGGGCAGAUAGCUGUUAUUAAAAUAUCGGUACCUCUUUAUCACUGGACAUCUACACACUGUCAUUCUCCAACCACUUCUCUGUAACCCACUUAUUUAUGUCAAACUAUAGCUUUUUGAGUUCAAAAGCUUUUCUAAUCUUAAUUUAUAUUCUGCUUUGUACCCUCCCCCCCUAAAAUUACCAAAGAUAUUACACAAAGGUAAAUUAUGUUCUCUGUUAUAUGCUUUAUCUUAUGAAGCCAAAUAUCCUCUUAUUGUUGAUCAAAGGAGGUGUAAGAAUUUAGAAGCAAGGGUCAAGAUAUGGGCUACGGCUAACCUGAGAAGUAAAACUGCUCCUUUAUUAGAGUAUAAUUUAGAAGACCAAGUAGAUGGCUGAACCAAAGUUGUUGUUUUAAUUUUGUGUUCCUUUACAGUGACCAAAUGUAUUUCUGUAAAGAGGCAGCUUUUUUGAAAGGCUAAAACUAGGGAACAGUACUAAGUGAAGGGAGCAAAUAAGGGCAGCAUUUCAUCUUGGAAAAAGUAUGAGGAUAGUCUGUUUUGCAGAAAACCUGGAGUAUCCUACAAAAGGGCAAUUACAUAAUAUAUAGAAGAGCUCUCACAACUUAAAACUGAACCAUAUUAUAGUAUCACAAAAAAGGGUUUAUAUGCUUUUGUUUGGCCUUACAAAACUAUUCACUUUUGUUAAAAGCUUAUAAUGGCAUUUUUUUUUCUUUUUUAAAAAAAAUGAGUUUAUCUGUGCACAUGUUCUUAGAAUGAUUGUGAUUGUUGUUCUGUUGGGAUUGUCCCCUCUAUGUAUUUUGGUCAGCAUCUUUCAAAUAGAAGAACAUUCCUAUCCCCUUCAAAAUGUUGGUACCAUUCAAAUCAGUGGGAGAUUUGCCAUUUACUACACUGGAUUGAAAUUGUUUUUGCUUUUUUGGGCUGGCAUAUAUAUUGAGAUAUAUCGACUCAUUCUAAUUCCCUGAAUUCUUUUCUUUUCUUUUUUUAAGGAGGACAGUCUGUGGUCACCAGAAACAUUUUAAAUCAAAUUGUAUUGAGGCAGCUCCAUGAUGCACAAUGGAUAGCUUGAAAUGAUCCCAUCUAGCUAUCAUGUUUUUUUGUGCUCCAAAACUGAGUGGUUUUGCUGGUUAGCGUGGUAUUCAGAAAGGGGAUAAAAACCUGGUAGAUUAGUUCAUUCUCAGCAUGUGUAGCUAGACAUGAGUAAAGAUAACAGCAUGAGAAACUGUUAGUACGCAUACCUCAGUUCAAACUGUUAGGGAAUGAGUAAAUAAAAAAAAUUAAAACUACAUUUCACUCAGUUGCACUUAGUUGUAUGUCUUGCAUGCAUAGUCUAAAGACUGUAGCAAAAUAAUUUUUAAAAGAAAAUUAAAAAAUUAGACUUUCCAUACUUUGCAGGUAUCGCUGCCCUGCAGAAGAACCAAGAGAAAAAUCUCAGGCUUUACAUCAAGCAAACUUCGCUAUUUUUUACAAAUUUCUGAUUCUGUGUCCCUUUGGAUAAUAACAAUUGUUCCUAUAGGGUGGGGUUUAUUAUGUUGUACAUAUAUAGCCCAAUGUGUCUCUGUGAACCUUUUUGUCUUUCAGCGGGUGGGGGAGGGCAGGGUGGCGGGGAAGGAAAAGGGCGGGAGGGAGAAGGUCCUUUUUUUAAAAAAAAGAAAAUCGUUCCUGAAAAGGAAUAAAUGCAUACCUGUUUGUCAAAACACCUUUUGCUUUUUGUGCAACUGCUUUAUAUUACCUAUACUUUUAAAAUGCUUUGAGAAAAAAAUCCUACUGUAUGUAAUGGAAUUGCAGAAUAUGCUGCACAUGUAUUUUGUUUAGUUAUCCUUGCUUUAAGACUAUUGGAUGACAUUUGCUGACCUGUGGGAGAAAAUCCCAAACUCUUUGGUUUUGGCGGAUUUUUGCCCCCUUUCAGUAUCUAAAGUGUAACAUAGUUGAUCGAUGAUUUUUUUUAAAAAAAUAAUUCUGUUAUGGAUCAAAUCAUUUUUGUACAGUUUUUUUUUUGUGUGUUGCUGUUUUCUUUUUUAAAGUUUGUUUGGUUCCUUUUGUUUUUGAAAUACUACUUUCCCUGGCCCUUCUGUUACCCCCUACCACUGCCUGCUUCUGGCUGUCUUACGGGAAAAAAAGAAAAAGAAAAAAAGUUUUAAAGAUGUUUUCUCCUGCUGCAGUAAAUACUUUGCAUGAUGAAUUCCAAGGUCACACUUGCUCAAAGUUUAUCAGUGAAGUAGUGAUUAAUAAUGGAGAGUGUCAAAAUUAUUGAAUUUUUGUAUAAAAGAAUACUUUACAAGGUGCCAAGAUGUAAAGACAAUUUGUUACAUGUUUUUUUUAAAGAAAAGCGUACAUUAUGAAAGUAGUACCAUGUAUCAGGUGAACCUCCGUCAGGAAUGAGUCAAAAAGUCUACUUUAUCUACCCACAGAGCAUUCUUUGCAACUCAUCAGGCUCUCUUUGUUUGACUUGCUGUGAGUUCUGGUCACCUCUUGCCUGGUAGCGCAAUGGGUUAAACCUUUGUGCUGAAAGGACUGAAGACCGACAGGUCGGAGGUUCAAAUCCGGGGAGAGCGCAGAUGAGCUCCCUAUGUCAACUCCACUUCCCCAUGCAGGGACAUGAGAGAAGCCUCCCACAAGUAUGGUAAAACAUCAAAAUAUCCAGAGGUCCCCUAGGCAACGUCUCUCACACCAGAAACAACUUGCAAUUUCUCAAGUCGCUUCUGAAACGAAAAAAAGUCUUGCUUUGAAGGAGGGAGCAAAGAGUCUUCCUUACCAAGUGAACUCUAAAGAGCCACUUCUUCUGCAUUUGCAGAUGCCAAAUGGUGCUGACUGUCCAUGCAGUUCAUCCACACAAACUCAACAACAGGCUGCAGUGCAUCUCCCUUAGCGGCCCCUUUUAUCUAAAUUAAGAUCAAACCACAGACAGAAAACUAGAAGGGAAUCCAUUCUAUUGAUUCAAGCAAACUCAAUUCAAAUACUUUUAAAACCUACUGGAUUUCUUCAUUGGAGUCAAAGCAGAAGGGGAGGGAAAGAAGCAAGGCUUAUGUUUAAAACGAAAACCCUUUCAGAGAACCCAACCAAACUAGCCAUGGUUGGAUAGUUAGGGUGGAAAAGUAACAGGGCAAGAUGCGAUUUGAUGAAUAAUACAGAUCAUUACAUAUUUUAUAUAUCAAAGUUUUAAAAGAACUAAAUUAUUGUAGCUUUCAGUAUGCUGACGAGUUACAUUCCUUAUAGCAUGGAUAAUACGUUUUAAACUUUUGGAAAGCUUUUGGUACCUUUUGGUUAACACAAUUCAGAUGGAAUUUUUAGAUGCCACAGAAGAUAUCUCUCAAAUCCUAAGUCUUAAGAAUCACAUUUACAGACUAUUCUACAUUUUUCAAUAAGCAAGCCCAGGGUAGGGAAUGAAAAGAGAACUAUCUCUUUCCCAUCAGCCUUUAUGAAAAUGGUACAGUCCAGACUGUUAGCAUGGUGCUUCAUGUGUAUGUGCUGCCAGCAAAUGAGAUUCUCCAUUUGACUUUAUUUUAUUUUUUAGGCAUACAAGAAACUCAUUCCUUUCAUCCACUGUAUUUCCAUCAUUCCAUGUCUGUUGAUGCAGACAAUAAAAUGUUGUGUAGUCAGUACUUAUUACUGACAUUAUAGCAUUCUCUAAUGCAAUAAAAGUGCUGGUUGUUCACACUGGUGAUAA